GCUAAGAGUAGACUCUUCUAUAUUACAUCAACCACGCACUUUUUUCUCCAUCCACACAACCAAAUCCUCAAAGCUUGAUUCCAAGUCCUCUAAUCUUUUCUCUGAAAAAUCAAAAUCUGUUCAACCCUUUUUAUCCUUAGAUUUUCUCUUCCCCUUACUAAUCAAACUUUUUGUGAUCUACAUCUACCACAUCCACAAAUGCUUUUCUCAAAGAAUGGCCAUAGAUUCUUCAAAUUCAGAACCCCAGUUUCAUGCCCUUGUCUUUUAUAUGGUCUUUUCAUUUUCUGAAAUACCUUUCACCCUUGUCAAACUCUCUUCAUCCACAAGUAUCUUCAACCAAACCUCUCAUUAGCCUUUUGGCUCAAUACUCACAAUCUUUGGUGUGACCUUAUUAUUGAGGGACAACACCCCAUCAUUAUUCUUUCUUUAAUCCAUACCGCACAGUUUCCUUUGUCUCACUCAAAAAUAUCUCAAAAGAGUGGCACCUCUUCCUAUUAUUGCCACUCCUAUAAUUCUUAUUUUAAGUUCUUCAUAUCCUAAGAUUGUUGGUAGUAGUUAACACCAAUGGUUUACAAGCAUUUCUACGAGCUUUCAUGUGGUGUUGUUGAAAUGGCUUGGAUUAUGCUUAGUGUUGACUACUCUAGGCUCUUAUGGCAAUUGUUUGGUGUGUUUUCUUACGAGAACCAUGAAUGGAAGCCUCGGAUCAUCUAGCACACACCUUCAGUUAGUCACGCAAUUACAUAUAAUAUUUAAUUUGUUGCUAAAUUUUCAUUACUAGUAGCUGUAAAGUCAGAAUUUUCAAUACUAGAGCCAUGUACAAGGGGAGAUUAGGAGGCAAAGCUCAGCUUGGAUAUGUUGAAACUGACCCAUCUGGUCGAUAUGGACGUUUCAGGGACAUUCUAGGCAAAGGAGCAGUGAAGGUAGUGUAUAGGGCAUUUGAUGAGGUGCUAGGAAUAGAGGUGGCUUGGAACCAAGUGAUGCUUGGUGAUGUCUUUCAUUCACCAGAACUACUUCCACGCCUUUACUCAGAGGUUCAUCUCCUCAAGAACUUGGAACAUCACUCCAUCAUGACCUUCCAUGAUUCUUGGAUUGAUGUCAAAUGUAGAAGCUUCAACUUCAUCACCGAAUUGUUCACCUCUGGCACCUUACGAGAGUAUAGAAAGAAGUACCAGAGAAUAGAUAUCAGAGCAGUAAAAAACUGGGCACGCCAGAUUCUAAGUGGUUUGGAGUAUUUGCACAGUCAUGAUCCUCCUGUGAUACAUAGAGACCUCAAGUGCGACAAUAUCUUCAUCAAUGGCCAUUUAGGACAGGUCAAGAUUGGUGACUUGGGCCUUGCAGCCAUUCUUCGUGGCUCCCAACAUGCACACAGUGUCAUAGGUACUCCAGAAUUCAUGGCACCAGAAUUGUAUGAAGAGGAAUACAAUGAGCUGGUAGACAUAUAUUCCUUUGGGAUGUGUAUGAUAGAAAUUUUCACUUCUGAGUUCCCAUACAGCGAGUGCUCCAACCCUGCUCAGAUAUACAAGAAAGUUACUUCGGGGAAGCUGCCAGAUGCCUUUUACAGAAUCCAAGACUUGGAAGCCCAGAGAUUUGUGGGAAAAUGUUUGGCAAAUGUCUCAGAGAGGUUGCCAGCAAAGGAGCUCUUGUUGGACCCAUUUUUAGCCACGGACCAACUAGUCUCGCCACUUCCUAGCCCAACAUUGCCCAAAAAACAAACUCACACACUCAAUUUCACUACACCACUUGCCAAAGAGCUACCUUCAAUGAGUGACCACCAAACAAAGGACACACACAUGACAAUCACUGGAUCAAUCAAUGAAGAGGAUGACACAGUUUUCCUUAAAGUUCAGAUUUCUAACAAAAACGGGCAAAAGAGAAACAUAUUCUUUCCAUUUGACACCAUAAACGACACUGCCAUUGAUGUGGCGGUGGAGAUGGUUAAAGAACUGGAAAUUAGUGACUUGGAACCAUUGGAGAUUGCUGAAAUGAUAGAGGAAGAGAUAUCAGCUUUAGUCCCAACAUGGAAGGAUUGGGGCACUUCUAAGUAUCAAAAACAACAUAGUUUUAGCUAUGAAGAAGAGUAUGAUAUGAGUAACCACCACUCUUUCUUCUCACCAUCUUCACGCUCUUCCUCUUAUGGUUCUCUUCCGGUGUUUGGUUCUUCCUACAACAAUAAUAAUUCCCACCUUCGUGGGAACCAUUACCCUUUUGCUCAAGAGUGGCCUCAAGAUGAUCUAUUUAUGAACGAUGAUGCAAGCUCUCAAAGCUCAAUGAACUCCUUCAAGUGUUUCGAUUUCAACUGCUGUGACCCGGGAAAUGAAGAUGAGCAUGGUCCAACUCUAGUGGUGGGAGCAAAACCCUUUUGCUACACCCCAAAAGGCAACGAAAAGUGCACAAGGUUCUGUCCUCGAGAAGAAGUGAUGGAUGUUGAUUUCACCAAACAAUUUUGCAACAUGAGAAUGGACUCUCACAGGUGUCAUGGAAUCCACAAGCUAACUAGGAUUCGUUCCUUUGUGGAUUUGAGGAGACAACAACUGCAACGGUCACUGAUGGAAGAGAUACACAAGAGGAGGAUGUUCAAGACGGUUGGUGCCAUUGAGAAUAUUGGGUUUCAGAAUCCAGAAGGAGGUGGAUGUUUUUCUUAUUGAAGCUCCACGGAUUCCAAUGCUCUUUUUCUUUCCUAGUUUGGGGUGUUUAUGAAUUACAAUGUCCUUGAGUAUUUAUAAACCAUACGGAUACAUCCGAAUAUUGUACAGUAUUUUUUCUUUUAUUCAUAUGAAUCGAACUUGGUACCAAGAGAUUUACAUGUACAACAGUUAUGUAUCUUGCUUAACCAACUGAGUUAUAUCCGUUGGUUAUUGCAAAAUAUUGUGAAAUAAACUAAAGCUUGUAAUAUAUUUUACUAUGUGCUUGUAUUAGGAGAUGUUUGCUUGCUUGUAA